GGAGCCUCCCAAGAUGUCCGUGUCCCCAGACCCCCUGAGCAUAAACAGGAAGCUCUACAACAUAACGGUGGACGAGUGCUUCCAGUCGCGGAACACCGUCCUCCAUGGGCAGCCCUUCGGGGGCGUCCCCACUGUGCUGCUCAUCAACAUCAUCUCGUGGCUGCUCGUUAUUACGGUGUACUCCUUCCUGCGGAAAGCCGCGUGGGAUUAUGGGCGCCUGGCUCUGCUCAUCCACAAUGACAGCCUGACCUCGCUCAUCUAUGGGGAGCAGAGUGAGAAGUCUUCUCCCUCGGAGAUUUCUUUGGAAAUGGAACGCAAGGACAAGGGCUUCUGCUCCUGGUUCUUCAACAGCAUCACCAUGAAGGACCGGGAUCUGAUCAGCAAGUGUGGAGACGACGCACGCAUCUACAUCACCUUCCAGUACCACCUCAUCGUCUACAUGCUUAUCCUCUGCAUUCCCUCUCUGGGGGUCAUUCUGCCCAUCAACUACAGUGGAAAUGUGUUGGACUGGAACAGUCACUUUGGCCGGACCACCAUUGUCAAUGUGCCCACAGAGAGCAAGCUCCUCUGGCUGCACAGCAUCUUCGCUUUCCUGUAUUUCAUCCUCAACUUCAUGUUCAUGAUUCGUCACUGCCUGGGGUUUGUACCCAGGGCAAAUCAGAAGGUCACCAGGACACUGAUGAUCACCUAUGUGCCCAAAGACAUCCAAGACCCUGAGAUCAUCAUUAAGCACUUUCACGAGGCCUAUCCAGGGUGCGUUGUGACCAGAGUCCACUUCUGCUAUGACGUCAGGACCCUGAUUGACUUGGAUGAUCAGAGGCGCCACGCCAUGCGGGGCCGGCUCUACUACACGGCCAAGGCCAAGAAGACCGGGAAGGUGAUGAUCCGCGUCCACCCCUGCUCCCGCUUGUGCUUCUGCAGGUGCUGCACCUGCUUCAAAGAGGUAGAUGCAGAGCAGUAUUACAGCGAGCUGGAGGAGCAACUGACCGAUGAGUUCAAUGCCGAGCUCAACCGUGUCCGGCUGAAGCGGCUGGACUUGAUCUUUGUCACCUUCAACGACUUCAGGAUGGCCAAGCGUGUACUGGAAGAUUACAAGUAUGUUCAGUGUGCUAUACUGCCUCAGCAGUCUUCUGUGUCCAACACCGUCAAGUCCUACCAGUGGAGGGUCACGCAAGCCCCACACCCCAGAGACAUUAUUUGGAAACACCUCUCCGUCCGACGCUUUCACUGGUGGGCCCGCUUUAUUGCAAUCAACACCUUCCUCUUCUUCCUUUUCUUCUUCCUCACCACGCCUGCCAUCAUCAUCAACACUAUUGACAUGUACAACGUCACUCGCCCCAUCGAGAAGUUGCAGAGUCCGAUCGUGACCCAGUUCUUCCCCUCCCUGUUGCUCUGGGCCUUCACAGUCAUCUUGCCUCUAAUUGUCUACCUCUCAGCCUUCCUGGAGGCCCACUGGACCAGAUCAAGUCAGAACCUGAUCAUAGUGCACAAGUGCUACAUCUUUCUGGUUUUCAUGGUGGUCAUUCUGCCCUCCAUGGGGCUAACCAGCUUGGAUGUCUUUUUCCGCUGGCUCUUUGACAUCUAUUACUUGGAGCAGGCAUCCAUCAGGUUCCAGUGUGUGUUCCUGCCAGACAACGGCGCCUUCUUCGUCAACUACGUGAUCACGGCCGCACUGCUGGGCACUGGCAUGGAGCUCAUGCGUAUGGGCUCACUCUUCCUCUACUGCACACGCCUCUUCUUUUCCAGAUCAGAGCCCGAGAGAGCCCACAUCAGAAAGAGCCAGGCCAUAGACUUCCAGUACGGGCGAGAGUACGCAUGGAUGUUGAAUGUCUUCAGCGUGGUCAUUGCAUACAGCAUCACCUGCCCUAUCAUCGUCCCCUUUGGUCUGCUGUACCUUUGCAUGAAGCACCUCACGGACCGCUAUAACAUGUACUACUCCUAUGCCCCCACCAAGCUCAACGAACAGAUCCACAUGGCUGCCGUCCACGAGGCUACCUUCGCACCACUCCUCUGUCUCUUCUGGAUGCUCUUCUUCUCCAUCCUGCGCUUAGGUACCCUACACAACAUCACCAUCUUCUCCCUGGUCUCACUGAUCAUUUCCAUGGUGAUCGCCUUUGCUGGCAUUUUCCUGGGGAAGCUUCGGAAAGACACUGACUAUGAGGCCGACGAGACUGAGACCGUGUUUGACAUGGAGCCAAGCAGCACCUCCUCCACUCCCACCUCCCUCCUAUAUGUGGCCACCGUGCUGCAAGAGCCAGAGAUGAACCUGACCCCAGCCUCCUCCCCAGCCCAUCACUCCUACGGUACCAUGAACAGUCAGCCAGAAGAGGGAGAAGAAGAGAGUGGGCUGAGGGGCUUUGCUGGAGAGCUGGACUCAGCCCAGUUCCAGGAAGGGCUGGAACUGGAGGGCCAGAGCCAGUACCACUGA